AUUGAAAAGAAAACACAUCCCAACUCUGGAGAAACAAAUCCCUAAUUAGCUAACAAUGGCGAGGGGAGAAUCGGAGGGAGAGAGCUCAGGAAGUGAACGAGAGAGUUCGAGCUCGAGUUCCGGCAACGAAUCGGAGCCAACAAAGGGGACGAUCUCGAAAUAUGAGAAGCAGAGGUUGUCAAGGAUCGCUGAGAACAAAGCGAGAUUGGAUGCACUCGGCAUCUCUAAAGCCGCCAAGGCUCUUCUGUCACCAUCUCCAGUUUCGAAAAAACGUAGAGUUAAGCGGAAUUCCGGUGAAGAAGACGAUGAUUAUACACCCGUAAUCGCCGACGGUGAUGGUGAUGAGGACGAUGACGAAGUAGAAGAAAUAGACGAAGACGAGGAGUUUCUGUGUAAAAGAAAGAACAAGUCCUCUGCAUCCAAGAGAAAAGUCUCAUCUAGGAAGAUUUUGAAUACAUCAGUUUCCCUUGGUGAGGAUGAUGAUGACUUAGACAAGGCAAUAGCGCUUUCUCUACAGGGCUCUGUUGCAGGAAGCGAUAAAGAGGCUGCAACUAUGAAGAAGAAAAGACCGGAAUUGAUGAGCAAGACGCAGAUGACACAGGAUGAAUUGGUCAUGUACUUCUGUCAGUUUGAUGAAGGUGGAAAAGGGUUCAUUACUCUGAGAGAUGUGGCGAAAAUGGCAACUGUGCAUGACUUCACAUGGACAGAAGAGGAAUUACAAGACAUGAUUCGUUGCUUUGACAUGGACAAGGACGGAAAGCUAAGCUUGGAUGAGUUCAGGAAGAUUGUGUCGCGAUGUCGCAUGUUGAAAGGUUCUUGAUUUAAUCUGUAAGUUAGGCUGUGAUUUUGGGUGACUACUUGUUUUUUUUUUGUUUUUUUGUCGUCACCUUUGCAUUACUUAAAAACAUUCAACUUACAUCAGUCCAGGAUAUUACAUAAGUCAUCUUCUUAGACCUUGCUAUUUUUGCUAGCUUAUCAGCUACAUUGUUAAGAGUACGAGGAAUUUUACAGAACUGAGAAGAAAUAUAAGUCUUAGCAAGGUUCUUGAUAUCCUGAAUAUAUGAUGCUAGAUCAUUGUUUGUGGUGGUUCCUUUUGGCAGACUCUCAUUGGACUCCAAUGCGGCGAUAUUGUGAUAUAAGUUUGAUGCAUCACCACAGAACAGUACAUUUGUAUAGCCUAGGCGUCCAACUUGAAAGAGUGCUGAUCUGAGUGCCUCUGCUUCAGCUUCUUCUGGUGUGCUGGUUGGUGGUAUGGAUGCCAUUCCUUUAAGAAUAAUGUUUUCCUGUUUAUCAUAGAGUACCCAACCUAUUCCUGCACAGUCAGUCAUUGAAAGCCAUGAAGCAUCUACACAGCAGCAAUACUCCUAUUUUUUUUGGAUUUGUUAUCUUCUUCCAUGCCACCCAUGGAAUUUUAUGUCUAUCCUUAGUGCUAGACCACCAAAAUCUUCUCAUA